AUGGUUGUAAAUGAAAUAAUGAGACGAACGGUGGAGGGUCUCCAAAACCCUGGUGUUCAAGUAGCCUGUGAAGAAAACCUUGUCGAUCUGGAAUACGCAGACGACAUCGUUCUCAUGUUCGAAGAGGCGGAGAAGGCGCAAGUUUUCUUGGAUGAACUGACCAAAGUCAUCCCGUCCUUCGAUACCAUGGAUGAGCCACCACGAGCCCCGGACAGGAAAGAGUAG